AAUACUCAUCAGAGGGAAUCGAUUCUUAAGCUCAUCCUUGGCCAAGAACCUAUUUCCAAAGAUGUUAAUUUGACCGAAUUGGCUGAGAAGACUCCUGGGUAUUCUGGGUCCGAUCUGCGGGAACUUUGCCGCACAGCUGCAAUGCUGAGUGUUCGUGCUCAGUUCAGAGUGGAGGCCUCAUCAGGUGAGACAUUUGGUCCAAUCACAAGAGCAUCCUUUGAGCAAGCCAUAGCCAAGAUCAAUACAUCAAAGGUCCCAAGGCAUCUCAAGAUGUUUUAUCUGAUUCUCAACUCCUUCAAAGAAGUUCAGUCCAAUGAGAUAACCUUCAUCCAAGAUCUAAUGUGGUAUUUUGCUCCACCUUCUCAAAUGGAUGGACUUUCAAUGCACCAGAAGUAA